AUGAGUUCUAGAACUUCUAAAAAACAUGCAAACGAAAAAUUAAAUACAAAUACUGCUAAUAAACGAGGUCGCAAAAAGAAAGAAAUGGCUACUUCUUUAUCUUUAAAUAAUUACGAUGAUCCUUUAGAUAGUGCCGAUAACUCAAAAAGCAAAAAAUCAAAAAAAUCAAAUACUGCUAGUUACGAAAAGAAUGAUGUAACUGUUACUUCACGUAAAAACAAGCAAGAUAAAGUUACUUCAGUUGUUGAUCAUCAAACUAUUGAUAAUAUUUUAAAUAGUUUCAACGAUAGUACUGAAACAAAUUAUGACGAUGAGGAUAUAGAUUAUAAUAGCGACAUUGCAGAAACAGAAUCUUCUCAAUCUCAUAUUAGAUCAAGUGCUAUUAUUUCAGAUGAUUUUAAUAAUACAUUAAUCUCUGCACCUUCAAGACAUUCAGUGACAAGAGCUAUGAGUAUUCAUAGUGAUGAUUUUAUUUCUUCACAUGAAGCUGCAUCUCGACCUCCAAUAUCUGCAUCUUUAAAAUGUCUUACACAACGAGCUAGGAGCAUUUUUAAUGAUGACUUUAUUCCUUCUAAUAGACCAGUAUUUCGCUCUCUUAUGUUAGCAUCUUCGGGAUCAUUACAAACACUUAAUUCAGAUAAUUCAUUCGGUCCUAUGAAAGCUGGUCGUGAUUUUCUAGAAGAACUAAAAUGUCUUUUUCUUCGAGUUCGAAAUCCCCAUAAAAAUGCAAUCAAAGAAUUGGUCAGACAAAUUAUCAAAUGCGAUAUCAAUUCAGCUGAUGAAAAUCCUCCUACUUUACCAAAAAAAGAAGAGGUAGAUAAGUUUAUUGAUGAAAAAAAGACAGAGACUGUGUUUCAACGAUGGUUAAACGCUAUGAAGAUAGAUGAAUUAAAAGCAGAGAACUCUCUAUUUUAUUUGUGCCAAUUUAUUAAAAAGGCAUUUAUCGUUAAUUAUAAUGUUAGAAAUCUAGAAAAGACCAAAACUUUGGACAUUAUAAUAAAAAAUAUAGUCGUACCCUCACGAAAUGGAAAAAAUUCUGCCAACAAUUUACGCUU